GUUCACUCAAGGGAGACACCUGUCAGGGGGUGGAGACUUUGUUUCCACUCUCAGUGAUAGAGCAGCAGUCCUCUCCUCGCUUCAUUAUCUGGGCUUCGCCAUCAGUUGGCUGUUAAGAGCGAUCGAAGGAGCAGCUGACUUCUAGCACAGGUGACACUGCAUAAAGAAAUUAACACGUGAUCCACACACAAUGUCAAAAGAUGAGAGAACAAGUGUUUUGCGGACCACUAAGGUUCGGACGGCUAUCAAGGGAGAUAGCAGUUGGAUCCAGAGGCGCACAGAGGCCGAGCCUGAAGAGGAGGAGGAUAAGCCAUGGCUGGCUGAGGUCCGGGCAAACCGCCUGAAUGGAGCCCCAACAGAGACCAGUCCAGUCUCUUCACCUACAACCAAAGAGCCUGCUUCCACAGACACCACACAAAGUACAAAAUCAGCAACAUCAGGAUAUCUAAUCAGAGGGGUUUUCAAAAAAACGGACACCAACCCCGCUUCCUCAACCAAUGGUCUCAGUGCUCCCGCUCCAACUUCCAACUUCACCAAGAAGCCGUCCGAGGUAUACAAGAAAAUAGCCCCUCAUACGGUGCGACCCUCCACAGAGCCCACAGUCCAGACGGAGCCUCAGCUCUCCCCCGAGGAAGUGGAGAAACGUACGGAGGCAGCCAGUGGUGUCCUACAGAACACAAAAGCUGCCCGGCAGCGGUCCUACGUUCUCUCUGCAGCCAAGAAAUAUGAAUCCACAAGCAAACCAGAAUCUCCUCCGGAGAGCACUACCACAUCAUUUGUGGCUAAAAGGGUGGAGAUCAGCGACGAUGAGGCCGAUACUCCACAGGAGCCCGUCUCACCGCCUCCCGCUCCUGUUAAACGUGUCUCUGCACCAGAGCCCACUCCACCACCGCCCACUCUACCAGAGCCCACUCCACCCCCGCCCACUCUACCAGAGCCCACUCCACCACCGCCCACUCUACCAGAGCCCACUCCACCCCCGCCCACUCUACCCACUCCACCACCGCCCACUCUACCAGAGCCCACUCCACCACCGCCCACUCUACCAGAGCCCACUCCACCCCCGCCCACUCUACCAGAGCCCACUCCACCACCGCCCACUCUACCAGAGCCCACUCCACCCCCGCCCACUCUACCCACUCCACCACCGCCCACUCUACCAGAGCCCACUCCACCACCGCCCACUCUACCAGAGCCCACUCCACCCCCGCCCACUCUACCAGAGCCCACUCCACCACCGCCCACUCUACCAGAGCCCACUCCACCCCCGCCCACUCUACCGGCCAGCGUGAAGAAAGAGUUUCCCCCAGUGGUAGUGACCCCCAAGCCGCUACCCCAAGAGCGUAUUCCUGAGCCUCCGGCUGAACAGAGUGCUGAAACGCUAAGUGCUUUGUCAGACACCCUCAUAUCUUUCAACACGGAACAUACCAGUCCAAAACAAAAGCAGGAAGUCACUCCAGUGGUUGAUUUGAUCUCCAGCCCUGUUAAAGACCGCAUAACACACACAAAGCCAGUAUUGUUUGAAGAGACAAAGACAGUGGAAACCAGUGUUGUUCCUGAACCCAUCCCUGAGCCAAGUAGUGACCUCCAUAAUGAUGACCUUGUUUCCCUUGCACAGAGCGGAGAUGUGGAGCAGGUGGACACUCCUCCUAGCAGCCCCCCAGCGUGGAGUCAGGAUCUCCUGGGGCCCGAGAGCUUUCCUGCCCAGACAAAGAAGACUACUGGCGCACUUGACCUGCUCGCUGAUGACGUCAUCCCAAUUGAUACAAAACGCACCAGCCUCUCUAGCACAGACGACCUACUGAGUCCCACAGAAACCAUCACCAUAACCACCAAAACUACAAUCAUUACUGAAGACAGUUCUGUUGAUCCAUUUGAUCCUUUCCCAAAAGAGACCAUGCCCAUUAAGAGCCCUGUGAAGCUGUUUGAUGUACUCAACACAAAAACCAGUUCCCCAGAGCCUGUCUCCCCUCCUAGUCCCAUUCCUGAUGACAGCAUGCCCACCGAUGCGCUUGUGAGCCUAGCUGAUGAUGUCAUCCCUAUCGACACAAACACCACAAGACUCAUUACUAACAGAGAUUGGGAACGCUUUGACACCAAAACUGAAAGUGAGGAGGAGGAGGAACCUGCUGCCAGUGCUGAGAUGGUCUCAGUUCGAUAUGAGAGGAAGUCUACAGACAAUGAUUCCCCGUGGGAUAAAUGGACCUCCCCCACUGUUUACACCACUAAAACAGAAGAGAGCACAAUUGAUGCUGACCAGGAGAGCACAUCAUCAGAUUCAGAGAAGAAGGGGAUUGUGCUCUUAAAGGAAUAUGUCGAUGACAAAAGAGACUACUCGACACACUCCUCCCUGUAUGACUACAGCCGUGACGGUAAUAUGUCUGCCUGUACAUACUGUGGAGAGCUUGUCGGCAGUGAUGCAAAGAUCACUAUUGAACAUCUCAAUAUCUCAUGCCAUCCAACGUGUUUCAAGUGUGCCAUAUGCAGCAGCCCAAUGGGAGACUUGCUCUUCAGCAUGUUUUUGCACAAUGGGAUGGUGCACUGUGAGACCUGCUAUGCGAAUGUGAUUUAAUGCUCAUUACCAGUCAUUACCCCCCCGGUAUGAUACUACUCAUCAUCCUAAGAAGACUCGCACAGUUUGAUACUUUUUCAAAUGAUACACUUGAGUUGUUUUAAACUGAUACUCAGUAAGAACAUUACAGUGCAAUAAAUAUGCACUGAUGCUGUGGCAAUCCUACAAGUAUGAGUCAAGUAUAGAAUGCUUGACUCAUACUUUCCAACUCCAUUUGAAUGAAGUUAAUAUAUCCUUUAUGGGAUGAAGCUUUUAUUUUCCCAUACUAAUAGAGGAUUACUGAAAUAUCACUGUACUGAUUUUACUGUAUAUUUGACAUAAAUGAAGGAUCUAGAAAAAACUAUACGUGUUGUAUUGGGAGUGUAUCUGCAACAUCAGCAAGGCUUUGGAAAACUAUCACUGUAUAAAGGUGAGGAUUUUUGUUACAAGAACAUGAGCUCUGUAUUCAUCCCCACUGCCUUGUGUCUUCUUCCUGCAUAAUGUGCUGUUCUACUUGUAAUGCUUUUGUUUUCAUUGUCUCAAUAAACCUUGCAUGAUUAUCUAAA